CCCCAUUAGAGGAUGUAACGGGGUUCACGGGCUCAAGUUCAUACGCCCGAAUUGAUUUAAAAAAAUAAAAAAUGGCUUUAAUUCGUUGAACCGAUCCUUAUGGAUGAACUUGUUGAAACGGGUUCAUACCACGCGUCAAUCGUUCACUGCCUUCUCCUUUCGUCACAAACAUCAUCUCCUAAAACUCCUCCCUUCUUCUCAAAACUCUCCUUUUCACCGUUUUCCCCAUCCCCAGAUCCACCUUCCUCGGCGAGUAGUAGCACCGUCGAUGAGUCAGGUCCCACCGCCACCGCCGUCGGAACAACAAUAUCCGUCGACCAUUCCGCUCUCUUCAAUCCUUCCGACCACUCUCAUGAACCCACACCAGACUCGGAGCUCGUCAAGCACCUCAAGAGCGUCAUCAAGGUUACCUUACAACCGAUUCUUAUUUAGAAAGAUUGAAACUUCUUUUUGUUUGAUUAAAAUUAAUGCAUCAUCACAGUUUCGUGGUCGGUCAAUCUCAGUUUGUGAGUUUGGAUAGGUAAAUGUUUCAUGUCUUUAUAGGAGUUGUGAGUUUGUGUGCUUGAGAUUGGUUUUAUUAUGCCAACUUCACUGUGUUUUCAAUUUUCUUAAUUGGUGUGUAUGUAUUUGUCCAUAUUAUGCUUUCCUUACCUAGUGCAUUCCAAGGGUUCGAGUUUAGUGGCCUUGAUUUGCCGGAUUCAGUUGGAGAGUUUGUUGUUAAUGGGGUUCUCGUUCUUCAGUGCGAGAGAGUAUUGCAGUUGAUUUCACGUUUCAUGCAGGCAAGAAAACAGAAAGGUGAAUAUUCAUAUUAUUUACUGUGGCAUCUCAUUGGUAGCUUCUGUGUUUAUCUGACUUGUUUGAGAAUUGGUAGCUUCAGCUACAAACAGCAGCAAGUAGCAUAAUAAUAUAUGUAGACUUUGGUCUGAGAAUUGGAAGGCCAUUGUAGCUGAAGCUCAAGGGGAUGAUUGAUUGCCUCCAAAGCACGCACGCAGGCACGCGUCUCAAUGAUUCUCUCUCUUUGUUUCUGCUUAAUAUUUACGCUUCUCCUCUGAUCAAAUUUAAAAAAGAAUAAAAACACUCCUCCUUCUCCGAUUCGCAGCCUUCAUCAGGAAACUAGAGCAGAUAAGGUGAGUGAGAAACCCUUUGAAUUGGGAUUUCUCUUACUUUUCUUCGUCCUGUUCUGAUUUUAUCAUCCUUAUUAUAUCGCAUCUCCCUCCUCUCCAGUCCGAAGCAACAAGUAUGGAUCAUCGUUCAGUUAAAACCACUACACCAACGGUUAUAACAGUGAAGAUGUGGCCACCGAGUAAGAGCACACGCCUGAUGCUCGUGGAACGCAUGACCAACAACUUAUCAACACCUUCCAUCUUCUCCCGUAAGUACGGUCUUCUGACUCCUCAACAGGCCGAGCAAGACGCCAACCGCAUCGAAGACCUCGCUUUCUCCUCUGCCAACAAACACUUCCAGAACCAGCCCGAUGGCGACGACGGCACAUCUGCUGUUCAGAUCUACGCCAAAGAAUCCAGCAAGCUUAUGCUCGAAGCCAUCAAACGUGGUCCGAAGGGUAGAUUGUUUGAUUUAUCAGGUGGACGUAGAGCCUUCAUCGAUGAAGCGGAGGCGCGCGAGCUUCUAAGGCCUUUGGCUGAUCCAACUAAUAACUCUUACACCAAGAUCCGUUUUACGAACCGGAGCUUCGGCUCCGAAGCAGCCAAAAUUGCUGUUACCGUUCUGUCUUCCAUCAAGCAUCAGCUCACUGAAGUUGAUCUCUCCGAUUUCGUGGCGGGAAGACCAGAGGCGGAAGCAAUCGAAGUGAUGAACAUGUUUUCGUCUGCCUUGGAAGGAUCCAAGCUUAGGUAUUUGGAUCUAUCCGACAACGCAUUGGGUGAGAAAGGGAUCCGAGCGUUUGCUUCUCUCAUCAAGUCUCAGCGUGACUUGGAGGAGCUUUAUCUGAUGAACGACGGCAUCUCCGAGGACGCUGCGAGAGCCGUUCGCGAGCUGCUUCCUUCUACUGCCAAAAUCAGGGUUCUUCAGUUUCAUAACAACAUGACUGGAGACGAAGGAGCCGUUGCCAUUGCUGAGAUUGUGAACAACUGUCCUUGUUUGGAAGAUUUCAGGUGUUCUUCUACGAGGAUUGGUUCGGAAGGUGGUGUUGCGCUUGCUGAAGGGCUUGAGUCUUGUAGACGGUUGAAGAAGCUUGAUCUCCGUGACAAUAUGUUUGGAGUGGAAGGUGGGAUUGCUCUGGGAAAGACUUUGUCGGUGUUGAGUGAGUUGACUGAGAUCUAUAUGAGUUAUUUGAACUUGGAGGAUGAGGGAACAGAGGCGCUUUCCGAAGCUCUGAUCAACUCUGCUCCUUCUCUUCGAGUUCUUGAAUUGGCUGGGAAUGAUAUUACUGUCGAAUCCACUGGUAAAUUGGCAGAUUGCAUCGCCUCUAAACAGUGUCUUUGGAAGCUGAAUUUAUCUGAGAAUGAGCUCAAGGACGAAGGGACUGUCUUAAUCGCAAAGGCGCUUGAUGAAGGAGGUCAUCAACAGUUGGCUGAAGUUGACAUGAGCACCAAUAUGAUGAGAAGAGCUGGGGCAAGAGCCUUGGCGCAAACUGUUUUGAAGAAACAGAGUUUCAAGCUUCUGAAUAUUAAUGGAAACUUCAUAUCUGAGGAAGGUGUGGACGAGGUGAAUGACAUGUUUAAGGACUCCCCGGACAAGCUUGGUCUUUUGGAUGAUAAUGACCCUGAUGGAGAAGAUUUUGAAGAAGAUGAAGGCGAAGAAGAAGACAGUGAACUGGAAGCAAAGCUCGGAGGUCUGAAAAUCAAGCAAGAGGAGGAAUAGGAGGAAGAGGUGACAUGAAGUGAUGCUCUUUGUUUUCUAUGUAGGUAGGUUUCAGUUUUAUCCAUUUCUCUAUUUACGUAUGAAUGUAAGGAGGAGGAUCUAAGACGUCUUAAGUUCUAUUCCCUUGAAACAUGAAACCUUUUAUCUUCAAGUUAACUAGAAGUGUUGUUA